AUGGUGAUGGCUGAGAAUGAGGCUGGGGAUGACCAGAGGGACCUCAAUGUCAAUGGAGGUGGGCCCAAGUCCCCAUGGAAGACUCCGGUCACGGUCGACGCCAAGGCGGCCGAGGAUGCUCCCGUCAUGGGGGCUGAGUCCUGGCCUGCUCUGGCCGACGCCCACAGGCCCAAAAAUUCAGAUGCGCCGGCGAAGCCGCCAGCCGCAGAGCCGUCUCCUUUGCCUUCUCAGGGAUUUGUCAUGCAGCAGAAGUCAAAUGGGUCUGGAAAUUCUAAUGCUUCACACAAGCAUUCAUCAUCACAACAUCACCAAAAAGGCCCUAGGCGCAACCCAAAUGCUGCACCUCCUUUUCCAGUACCCUUACCUUACCAUCAACCACCGCUUCCUCCUGUUUUUCAUACUAUGGUACAGCAUCCACACAUUGCUGCUUCUGGGUAUGCUUACCAGCCAUACCCUGGACCCAUUCCAAGUGUUGAAAAUCAUAUUGCAAAAUCUGGAUGUGAGACCCCAGUGCAAGCUUUUGUGCAACCGGUUCAGCCUCAACCACGAGGGAAUCCAAAUGCUUAUAGUGCCAAUUUUUCUACUAGAAGACCCAAUUUGCCAGAACCUGGUGGCCAUUGGAAUCAUACUUGGAAUCAUCAACGACCAUUUAACCCCAGAGAGAACAUUCCUGUACAACAGGGUGUUGGACCUAGGCCUUUCUUAAGACCUCAUUUUUUUGGUCCAGCUCCAGGAUUCAUGGUCGGCCCAAGCAUUCCUGGUCCUGCACCCAUAUGCUAUCUUCCAGUUCCACCACCUGGCGCAAUUAGAGGACCUCAUCCUCCUCGCUUUAUGCCACAUCCUUUAAAUCCAGGGGCUCCAUUACUACCCUCAGAAACACAUACAUUCUCUUUGAGGGACAAUAUUAUUAAACAAAUAGAGUAUUAUUUCAGUAUAAAUUCCAAAAGCAAGAAGUGA